CCGAAGAUUGUGUCACGACAUCAUAUCCAUCACAGCUUCGCAAUGAAGACAAUUAUACUUCUUUGCACUUGGGCGACUAUAGCUACGGCUGUCCCGACGAAUCAUCACGAAACUCUUCAGGAACAAGAGCUUGCACUUGAGCAUCUUCCCGCCACUAUACAACGCGAAAGGAAAUCACCGCUGCACGAUCACCAUGCUGCUGGAUUGUCAACCGAAGCUGGAACCGAAGACCUACACACGCAGUCUACUUCAAAAUCAGGGCCCAAGAUAUCUCCGGUGGAAGGGAGAAGCCUUGGCUUUAAAAAACCAAUAAUUGUCAAAAAGAAGAUCGGCUAUCACCUCUAUCGUGACUCCGAUGAAGAAAGGGCACAUGCUGAUCCACAUGAAAACUGCAGGGAGCAAGUUAAGGUGAAAUUAUGUGACGACGAACCUGGUUCACCAAAAAGCAAGGAAAAUUGCGUUGUAUCGGAACGUUUAAAUGAAGACAUUUCGGGGAAAGAAAUAGAAAACAGUAUCAAAACAGCAAAGGAAGCAGUCGAAAACUUGCAACGUGGUUUUCAUAAAAUGGAACAUAACUCAGCAAAACUGACAAAAACAGAGGGUAAAGAGACGGAAGACGAUAUGGCAGUACAUGAACACAUCGAAGCGGCGAGAAAGGCAUUAGAACAUGUUCAUAGAAAUUUUGGACAUCUUGAUACAUUGAAUUUACAAGCAACUUCUCCUAAAACUGAAGAUUUCCAAAUAAAGUCAUCUGAUGAAGAAAGACUAGCGCAAUGGAAAGAAGCGAUCGAUAAUAUUCAGAAAAAUUUUGAAAUCGCCAGAAAUAUAGAAGAUGCCUUCAAAAUUAAUUCGGAGCAAACAAACUUACAAUCUACACUUAUGGACGAAUCAUCAAAAACAAGAGAAAGUGAGCAUAUGGAAUCCAAUCUUGACUCACAACAUAAAUCGAUUCCUGCCAGUUUAAGCAACAAAGAAUUACUAUCAGAUGAAUCCGCUGCAUUAAUGAAGCAAAGAGAAAAUUCUAACGUUGACAUGUUUACGGCUCCAACAGAGCAAAAGGAAUUGAAAGUUAAACUUCAUAGUGAUAGUUUAAGGAGUGAAAAAAUUACUGAAGAACCUUUGGGUGAUCAUGAAACUAAGACACUAAAUAUAGAAAAAUCGAAUGAAAACGUGCCAGCAAUGAAAGAUUCGGAAAUUAAACCAAUGUCAGAUGGAUCCUUAAAAACAGAAGGUGUCAAAUCCGAAAAUCUUCAAGAAGUUGUUGACCAUGUUCAUAACCAUCAAUCAAAGGAUGCAAGUAAUAAUAACUUGAAAAAUGAAAAUGUGGGAACUUUAGAAAGCAAUACACAUGACACAAAAUUGAAAACAGAGAAAAAUGCUUUCGUGGAGACGAAAGAUAUGACUCCAUUAACGAAAGAAUCUGUUGAUGACAUGCUAAACUUGGCUAAAUCUGCUCAUACGGAAAGUUUUGACCAAACAACAAAACACGAUGAACAUGAUAUGCCAAUGGAAGCCAGUCAUGUUAGUACACACCAAAGUCAAGUGGAGAUGAAAAAUAGUGUCGACAAUGAAUCGGAAAAAUCUACACAUAAAGGAGACUCAGUUGUGACAAAAAUGUCGCAAACUGAUGAGCAGCCAAUAGAUCAGUCAUUGAAAUUGAAAUCAGUACCCGAAGUUGAUGAACAUCACAAAGAAGAACAAGUGAAAUCUAUAAACCAUAAUCACGAAGUUCAUGAGCGCAUGAGUAAUGGAGUACCGACACCAGCUAACACAAAACACACUGAACCUACACCGAUUAGAGAAACAGGAUUUAAUAAUGGGCAGCAAAAUCUUAAUGACAAUCCUAUGAGGUUAUUUGAAGAUCAAAAUACACAGGAACACAAAUCCAAUGAAAUGCACAAACUAAAUGAACAUCCAAAUACUGAUAUGAGGAUGACUGAAGAUCAAAAAUUUCAUGCCUUUUUAAUGCGUUGGGCAAAUGAAAAUCAACAAAGAGUUCAGGAAUCACCAACAUCGCUAUCAGAAGACCUCACAAUGCCUACUAAAAUGGGCGAGUUUAAUAAUGGGCAACAUUCUCAUGAUAUGCACCCGAGCAUGCGUUUAAGUCAAAAUGACAACUCAGAGCACCAUUUGAGUGAGAAUCACGAACAAGAUCCUGUAUCAACCCAUUGGGCUCACGAAAAGCAGCAAACUCCACUACAAGUAGCUAAAACUGUCACGGAAUUUCAUGAGACCAUGAAAUCAGAUCAACACCAGACUAUGCAAAACCAAUUAUCUAAUGAUCAUAACUCAUUUGAUCUUGACCAGCUCUUAAUGCGAUUGGCCCAAGAGAAGCAACAAAACGACCAUCUUAAAACCACAUCCGAUUUUCAUAAUGGACAUCUACAUGAAAUUGUACCACAAAAUAGAUUCGCUAAUAACUUAGCCAAUGUUCAUGAUAUGUCUCAAGUUGGGCCAAGAAUGCAUGAGCAUCUCCAUAUUAUGAAACAUGCGAUGGUGUCGGAUAUGGAUAAUUCAAUGCAGCCGAGCAUGCAGAUGAGUAUGAGAGACUCUAUUGGGAAACCAACUAUGGAACAUAACGAUAUGCACUGGAAUCACCACCAUCAUGCCAUGGCUCGGUACGGUUCAGGCUUACCCGUUUCUAGUGGCAGUACCGGAGCAAUUGGUCUAUUUCCUAAUGCAAACACAGGAAGCUGUGGCAUUCCGUUGAUGUUGAGCUGUUCUCCAAACGUUGUUUCUGGCACUUUGGCCAAAGCUCAGCCUCAUCCUGGCACACUGACACCUCCAGCUUAUAGAUCCGGCGAUGACCUCAUGUAUUAUAUGAAGCGAGAUGCUAAGGACACUGACGAAUUACCAGCGCUCAAGAUCCAGAAGACGACGUUACCUUUUGUUCACAAACCUGAAUUGAUUUUCGAUAAAACCCAAUAACGAUAUUAAUACAUCUAUGUUCAGAACAACGAUAGUUUACCGAAAUAGUAUUUCUUUAAUUUAUUUAUUGUAAUUAAGAUAUGUACUGUACAUCACAAAAGUCUUAAUAAAGCAAAGUGUAUACUUCAA